GACGCUGCGCGGCCCGGACGCACACAGGGACCUCAGGCGGAUAAAGCCAUUACAGAGACCAUGCUGCUGCAGAGGCUGAGUCUGUGUUCAAGGAUCAGACACGUACGCCGCCUGUCCAGCAGACCACUGACACAAGCUCCCCAGGGCGGAGGCGGCGGGAGCCCGUUUGCGGAGCGCAGCGAACUGCGCCGGGCCAGGAGGAUAGUGGUGAAGCUCGGCAGCGCGGUGGUGACGCGUGGGGACGAGUGCGGCCUGGCGCUGGGGAGGCUGGCGUCCAUUGUGGAGCAGGUGGCCGUGCUGCAGAAUCAAGGCCGGGAGAUGAUGAUCGUCACCAGCGGAGCCGUGGCCUUUGGCAAGCAAAGAUUAAGACACGAGAUCCUGCUGUCCCAGAGUGUCCGGCAGGCGCUGCACUCCGGACACAGCCAGCUCAAAGACAUGUCGCUGCCGGUGCUGGAGGCUCGGGCCUGUGCUGCUGCUGGACAGAGCGGCCUGAUGGCCCUGUAUGAGGCCAUGUUCACCCAAUACAGCACGUGCACCGCGCAGGUCCUGGUGACAAAUCUGGAUUUCUACGACGACCAAAAGAGGCAAAACCUGAACAGCACCCUCCAGGAGCUGCUGCGCAUGAACAUCGUGCCCAUCGUCAACACCAACGACGCCGUGGUGCCGCCGCCGGAGCCCAACAUCGACCUGCAGGGGGUAAAUGUGAUCAGCAUUAAGGACAACGACAGCCUGGCGGCGCGGCUGGCUGUGGAGAUGAAGGCCGACCUGCUGGUCGCGCUCUCUGACGUGGAAGGCCUGUACAACAGCCCCCCUGGGACAGACGACGCCAAGCUCAUUGACAUCUUCUACCCUGGAGACCAGCAAUCAAUCACCUACGGCACAAAGUCCAGAGUGGGGAUUGGAGGCAUGGAGGCCAAGGUCAAGGCGGCCCUGUGGGCGCUGCAGGGGGGCACGUCUGUGGUCAUAGCCAACGGCACCCACCCAAAAGUCACGGGUCACGUCCUCACCGAUAUAGUGGAUGGGAAGAAAGUGGGAACCUUUUUCUCGGAGAUUAAACCUGCUGGUCCAAGUGUGGAGCAGCAGACAGAAAUGGCUCGUAACUCUGGAAGGACUCUGGCCUCUCUGCACCCAGACCAGAGGAGUGAGAUCAUCUGCCACCUAGCAGAGCUGCUCACUGAAAGGAAGGAGGAGAUUCUGGUGGCCAAUAAGAUGGACAUGGAUCUUGCUGCCAGUGCAGGUCGGUUGCCACAGGCCAUGUUGAACCGUUUGAGCCUGUCCCCAUCCAAACUCACCAGCGUGGCCACAGGCCUGCAACAGAUCGCCGUGGCCGCUCAGGACAGCGUGGGCCGUGUGCUGCGCAGGACCAGAGUGGCUCACAAUUUGGAGCUGGAGCAGAUCACCGUGCCCAUCGGAGUCCUUCUGGUCAUCUUUGAGGCCAGGCCCGACUGUCUGCCCCAGGUGUCAGCGCUGGCCAUAGCCAGUGGCAACGCCCUCCUGCUCAAGGGAGGGAAGGAGGCUGCCAACACCAACCGCGUCCUCCACCAGCUCGUCCAGGAGGCUCUGUCCUUGCACAGGGUCAAGGAGGCGGUGCAGCUGGUGAGCACACGUGAGGAGGUGGAGGAUCUGUGUCGCCUGGACAAGGUCAUUGACUUGAUUAUCCCUCGGGGCUCCUCUCAGCUGGUGAGGGACAUUCAGCGGGCGGCCAAGGGCAUCCCGGUGCUGGGUCACAGCGAGGGGAUCUGCCACGUCUACGUUGAUGCAGAGGCCAGCGUGGACAAAGUCAUCAACAUUGUCAGAGACUCAAAAUGUGACUACCCAGCUGCAUGCAACUCCAUGGAAACUCUGCUGAUUCACCGGGACCUCCUAAGGACCCCGCUGUUUGACCAGAUCAUCGACAUGCUACGCAACGAACGGGUGAGGAUUCACGCAGGCCCUCGGUUCGCCUCCUACCUGACAUUCAGCCCGUCGGAGGCCAAGUCCCUGCGGACAGAGUACAGCGACCUGGAGUGCUGCCUUGAGGUAGUGGACAGCAUGCAGGAUGCUGUGGACCACAUACACAAGUACGGCAGCUCACACACAGACGUGAUCAUCACAGAAAACGAGAACACCGCUGAGCAGUUCCUGCACAAGCUGGACAGUGCCUGUGUUUUCUGGAACGCCAGCUCGCGCUUCGCAGACGGCUACCGCUUCGGUCUGGGGGCAGAGGUCGGCAUUAGCACGGCACGCAUCCACGCCCGCGGCCCCGUGGGCCUGGAGGGGCUGCUCACCUCUAAGUGGGUCCUGAGAGGCGACGGGCACGCGGUCGCCGACUUCUCCGAGCACGGAACUAUGAAGUACCUCCACGAAAGCCUGCCGGCUGCGCAGCCCGCUGCUGGGCACAGAGACAGCAACUAGUGUGGAGAGAGAACACAGCAGAUUGUAUUGAUCACCAGCAGUUCCUGAGUUACCUGUUGCAGAAAAUAACUAGGUCACUGUUUUCAACCUACACAACCAUUAAUCCUUGUUUGGAUGUUACUGUUGUCCACUGAUCGGUUUUGUAUUCUACCUCAGCUUAUAAUUCACAGCCCUGCUCACCUGUCAACAACUGUAAUAAAGUUGCACUAUGACAAACUUCAAACAAGUUACUUAUCGAACAUCAAAUAUUUAAAAGUGCCAACAUAUUAUUUAUUUAACAUUAUUCUAAAUGAAUGAACUUGUGUGUGUUGUGGUCACACGUUUACUUGUCGCUUGGUACAGAUUGUUUUGUAUUGUAAUUCUUCAGACCACAAAUAUAUUUUUUUGUUUUUGACAUAAUUCAAGUUUUCUGUUAAUGUCGAGAUCCUUGUGCAUUUUACGUUUUUUGCUGAUUUACUGUAGGUAAUUUAAGACAUAGGUUGAAACCAGUACACUAUAUGAAUUGGUAAAAAAUAUUAAUACUGUUCGUCAGAGAUUUAUGUUUUUAAUAAUGGCCCCAUAAAGUAUCAUAACUCCACCAGUUUUAGAAUCUAGCAAUAAAGGCGUUUGUUUCACAUACAUGAGCUCUCGCUGUACAAAACAGCAGUAAUCACGGCACGUGCUACACACGUAGUAUCGCGAGCGCUCUCUAGCGGCUAAUGGUACUUAGCUUGCUGCUAGCCAACCUCACUUAUAGCUUUACACAAGACAACACGGUAAAACAACUAACCUCAACCACAGAAAAGUCUCCACAGCAUUUAGCAACAAGAGGACAUGAAAUGAACAGCAAAACAUAUUAAAUGCAACAGGGCCAAAAGUAUGCGUACCUCUGAGGAAGUGCAGGUGGUGAGCUGUGGUACUUUCAAAAUAAAACGAGCAUUGCGCUUUACUAAAAUAAAGUGUACGACAUUAGUGCAUGAUGCCCUGUUCAUAAUAUAACGCAACAACAUCACUCUAUGACUCGUGCUUUGCUUCUUUACUGCUUUACUCACUCGCUGUUUGUUCCUUUUUUGUGCCCAAAGCCUCUGUCAGAGCAGGAACAGUAAUUGACAAGCUGCCUCCUUCAAGCUGGAGGGGGAAACGCAACUUCUUUUAAAUGAAGCUCUGCAACAUUUCAGCCUCUGAGCUCCUAUCUGAUGUGUAGCAUGUGGACUGGCUUGCGUUGUUUAAUAGCAGCGUUGAAUUGAAUUAAAAUAAUGCUGAGAAAGAAUA